CAAACGUGUGGCAUUCAUUGUAAGGCUCUCUGUAGUCGUGGGUGUUGCGUGUGACGUCAUCAUCAUCACAAACAACAAACACAACAAACGCAGAAAGAACGCAAGAAGGAAACGGGAAGGAAACGGGAAGGUGCAGCGGACGGACCUGUACCUGUGUUGGUGUGAGCAGCGCUGCUUUGCUCGUGCGUGCGAGGAAGAGAAGCAGCCUGCAAGGCGGCAGGCAAGCGGGCAGGCGCAAGUAUGCAAGAAACGUGCAGCACACGAAGGAAGGGAAGAGGAAGGACUGCUGCACCUGCAGUUGCGGCAGCGGCAGCGGCCCUUGUCGCUGCUGUCGUCGUCGUUGUUGUCGAGGCUGCUCCCACAGACCGACACCCAGCAACCAACCUACAGGCCUACUGUGACCUCGAUCCAGAUGUGCGGCCUCCCCACCCAACGACAUUGCGAGACAUGAGGUGGAUCCACUUUCCCAAGACGGGUACCAGCUUUGGCACCUGCCUUGCUCAUUACACCUGCCCUGGGUUGGACCCCAACGCAUAUCCCAACAGAGCGGAAAGCCCAAACGGCAAUUAUAUGCAGUACUUUGCAGAGACAUACAUGAACUCAAGCACGUGUGACGGAGUCGUGAACCUCCGCGAAUCCCACGGCCACACCCCUCUCAGGGAGCGGGAGAUUGCUGCCGGCGGGAUUGUGGGCAUGUUCCGUGACCCGCGCCAUCGCGACUACAGCGGGUGGCUGGUGCAUGGGCGGCGUGGCGAGUCGCCCUUACACCCAGAGCAGCUCAGCGAUUACGUCCAUCUCCAUCGCGCAUGCCAGAUGCGCAUGCUGCUCGGCUUUGAGUGCAAUCGCGUGGAUUCUGUAUCUGAGCUCGCGGUUCAAAUUUCGCGGCAGGACGUCGAGUAUGCGCUCGCUCUCCUCGACUCCAAGUUCGCCUUUGUCGGGCUGACGGAGUUUUGGCGGGAAAGCAUCUGCCUGUUCCACGCCAUGUUUGGCGGUGACAUCACGCCGCACGAGAUGGCAAACGUCAGGCCCGGUGCAUCUGUGCGUGUGCGCGUGCGUCCUCGCCCAUCGGAUAUCGACACCGCUGCGGACGCCCACGACUGGGAGCUCUACCAGCACGCUGCGUCCAUCUUCGUGUCGCGAUUGAGGAAAUACGGGAUCCGCGUACCGCCCGCACUCGCCAUUCUCGUGGCGUGAACACACGUGCAUGCAUCUCCACACACACUUACAUCUCCACGCACGCACACACACACAUACACACAUACACACCCACACCCACACACACACACACACACACACGCUUCCAUACAUGCCCACACACCACGUGGUAACUGGAUAACACUGCAACGUUUGACUGUGUAAUUGCUGCCCGUUUCUAAUGUCAUGUGUGAAAAAGUAACUGUCUCAUACGUUCAACAUAAACAGCCCGCUCAUAGACAAUCGGCC